AUGUCGAGUAUUGAUACUGCCAAAAACACGAGUAACCAAGUAAAUGCGGAAAAAAAUGUUCCCUUGGAAAGAAAGUUGGAUGAUUUAUAUAAAUUAAUUGAUGGGAUAAAGACUUGUAUGAUGACUACUCGUCGAGCAGAUGGCUAUCUAGUCUCACGCCCAAUGUACACACGCAACAGAACACCUGCAGCUGAUAUCUGGUUCAUCGGAAACAAUCAAUCACAAAAAUUUGAUGAACUUCACACUGAUCCCCAUGUGAAUCUCGCUUAUUAUAACGGCUCGACCCAGGAGUGGGUAAGCGUUUCAGGAGUCGCAAAGGUUGUUAAUGAUGAUGAAUUGGUUAAAACUUUGUAUACGCCUGAUUGUAAAACGUGGUUUGGAGACUUGGGUGAUGGUAUUCAUGAUGGAUCAACUUCUGAUCCGAGAAUUUCGCUGGUAUGCGAAUAG